AUGAAUCGUACAAUUCUUUUAUUAGCUAUAUGUGUCCUAGUAAUAAGUGCAGUUAAAAGUUUUGAAUAUGAAGAUGACGAAACGCUCUACGAUGAUAAAUCAGAAUCGGACGAAUCUAAACCUCCUAUAUACGAUCUGAGACAAGCGCGACAAUUAUUCGACAAAUUCGUUAUAGAUUAUCACAAGGAUUACAAAGAUAAGGCUGAAUAUGAAAAACGUUAUAAAAUCUUCGAGUCAAAUUUGAAAUAUAUUAAUGAUAUCAACCGAGAAGGACAGUCGGAAUCAGACAUCAACAUGUUUACAGAUCUACAGGAUGAAGAGAUACCU